AAGACUAUUUCAUAAGUAAAACUAAAUACCUAUUCAACUCCUCCCCGCCGAGCACCACCACUCGCCGCCGCCGUUCUCCUCCGCGUAUGGAGCUUUCUAUUCCUCACCGUACCUUGAACCAGUCGUAUUCGCCUCAAUCGCGUCUUUGCAAUUCACCGAUUCAUCGACCGCAUCGUCUUCUCCUCCCCGCCCACCUCCAGCGGCGCAGGCUACAGCUCUUCUCCACACACCUCGCAGCGCCUCCGAUGGAAUCCACAGCCGCUCGUGUAUCUUCUGCUGCUGCUGCCAAUGGUUCUCCGUCGUUAACGGAAAAUGAUGGAGGACGAAUUGGAGAGGUGAAGAGGGUUACUAAGGAGACGAAUGUGUAUGUGAAGAUUAAUUUGGAUGGUGAUUCCGUUGCUGAAAAUAAUUCGGGCAUUCCUUUUCUCGAUCACAUGUUAGAUCAACUUGCUUCACAUGGACUAUUUGACAUGCAUGUGAAGGCAACGGGGGAUAUUCAUAUUGACGAUCAUCACACAAAUGAAGAUGUUGCCUUAGCUAUUGGGACCGCUUUGUUGCAAGCACUUGGUGAUAGGAAAGGAAUCAACCGGUUUGGAGACUUCUCAGCUCCUCUCGAUGAAGCACUUGUACAUGUUUCACUGGAUUUAUCUGGAAGGCCACAUUUGAGUUAUGAUUUGAACAUACCGACCGAGAGAGUUGGAACUUACGAUACACAGCUGGUGGAGCACUUCUUUCAGUCCGUGGUCAAUACUUCUGGAAUGACACUACACAUACGACAGCUUGCUGGGAAAAACUCGCACCACAUUAUAGAAGCAACCUUCAAGGCCUUUGCAAGGGCUCUUCGUCAAGCCACCGAAUACGAUCCUCGUCGUCGUGGAAGUGUGCCUAGCUCGAAAGGCGUCCUGUCACGAACUUGAUAUACUUCCAUCAAUUCUACCGAAAAGAAUCUGCAAUAAGGUUUGCCUUCGUUUCGUCUAUACUAUAUAUCAUAGUUUGCAGCCAUUUUCAUGCAUUAAAUUAAAACAUCAUUGUUGUAACAUAUUUUGCUGUGGUAUAAGCACAUUUGGAGUUGCUCUCUUUUUACAUAGCUAUAACAAAUUUAAAUUGUCUACCUU